AUGAAGGUUAGAAAAUAUUUUGUAUUAGUCUAAGAAAAUUUAUAAACUUCUUUUUAUAAAACAGAAAAAUACACAAUGAUUAAUUUAGAUAAGAAUCCUAAUUAGAAGAAGUUUAUUUUUUAAGAUGAAAAGAAAGCAUAAAAUUUUAUAUCAAAUGUUUAAUCUUGUAAAAGUAAAGAAGCUUUUGAAAAACUAGAGAUGGAUUAUUAAAUUUCUCAAUAACUAAUAUAAUAUGAAUAAAAAAUUAAAUCUUGUAAAACAUUUUCAGAGAAUGAAAGUGAAGAAGGAGUAUAUAUAAAUUUAAGAAGGCUUACUUAUAUUUAUAUAUUAUGGAAGAAAGAUUCUUAUGAGAUGCCAAGAAUUUAUUUUUCAUAAGUAACAGCUAAAAAGAAUAGUACAUAAGAAGAUCAAUUAGCAAAGCUUUCAGAACCUGAAGCAGCUUUAAAUUAUAUUAGAGAUAUUCUUGAAACUAUAGCUAAAAAAAAGAAGUUAAUUUUAAAUAGAGAUAAUAAUUAAUCAGAUAAUCAAUAAGAAUAGAAUGAAUUUAAUAAAGAGAAAGAAGAGUUAAAUUUCUCAAACUUAGGUAAGUUGCAAUAACUUGAUUAGUAAUACUCCUAUUUAUUUUCAAAGUUUUUUAUAGAUAAAUAUCAGACUGUCAAUAUUAAUCCAGAAUUAUAAUAUGCUAUUUAAUGCUCUUACUUUAUUACAAUGCAUUUUCAUUCAUCUAUUGGAAUUAGUUUAAUAAAUUAUAUUUCUGGUGAAAGUUUAAAAAGUUAAGGUAUUUAUGUUGGGCAUUAAAAACCUUAUGUUCUUGGAUUAUUAUCAGCACUUUAUGGACUAAGAUAUUGUAUAUUUUUAGAUAUCCCUUCAAUCACAUUGUAGAUAACGAAAUAAAAAGAUUUUGAAUUUUUAAAUAAAAUGAUAUAGCCAUCAUAUCCAUAAUAAUAAUUAGCCAUGGCAGCAAUUGAAAGCUAUUCAAAACUUUUAAAACAAGUUAAUUUUGAAUUAGUUGAUUAAGAAUAAGGUUAAGAAUCAUUUAAAUCAGCAGUAAAAGAAUUUGAAAGAUAUGCAAAUUUGAAAGAAAGAAGCAAAAAAUUUCGUAAAUUUUAAGAUAACGAUUGA